UAUUAAAUCGCCGUCGUCUUUAGGCGCUUCAUGCACCUGCAGCACCAUUGAACAACGCGUUCUUUUAGGCUUGUCUUUAUUCUUUUCUGAACCGGAAACAUUGGGUCGCAGAGCCAUCACUGGAAAAUGCAAGUGUUGGCAUGCAAUUCUGGUCCUCUUCAAUCUCAAGCAUUGAGAUUGGGCAACCCCAACUGCCGCUUCAUUGGAAGAAGGCAGCUCUUCUUCAAUGGCAUGUCCUCUGCUUUCUCUGAAACUCCAUCCAAUCGUAUCCAUCAUUCUCCAGACGGCGGUGUUUCUCUCUCCCCCAUAUCCUCUCCAAGGACUGUUAAAGAACUGGGCAAGGGUAUAGAGCCUUUAGUGGGCGAGAGUACCCCCUUCACAACUAGGAGGGCUAUGUUUGCGAGUAUAUUCAUGUACUCGCUGUAUGAUCCUUCAAGGUACUUGUCAGCUUUAGCUUUAGGGGAUCCAUCUGUUACAAUUGAAGAAGUAACGCCCCCAGUUUUUGCUUCCGGGGUACUCUUCCCCACUGAGGAAAGAAUUGUCGAACUCUUUGAGAAGAACACGUAUUCUGUUGUUAACAUUUUUGACGUAACAUUGCGCCCUCAACUUAAUGUAACUGGUGUGGUUGAGGUUCCCGAAGGAAACGGUUCAGGAGUCGUUUGGGAUAAACAAGGACACAUUGUAACAAACUAUCAUGUUAUUGGCAAUGCACUCUCAAGAAAUCCAGGUCUUGGGGAGGUUGUUGCACGAGUUAACAUUCUAGCAUUGGAUGGGGUACAGAAAAAUUUUGAGGGUACAUUAGUUGGUGCUGAUCGUGCAAAGGAUCUUGCUGUCCUGAAGGUUGAAGCCUCUGAAGAUCUGCUGCGGCCAAUUGUUGUGGGGCAGUCAUCUUCUCUAAGAGUUGGGCAGCAGUGUUUAGCAAUUGGAAAUCCAUUUGGUUUUGAUCAUACCCUUACUGUUGGAGUUAUUAGUGGAUUGAAUCGAGACAUUUAUAGUCAAGCAGGAGUCACCAUUAAUGGUGGAAUUCAAACAGAUGCAGCUAUCAAUCCUGGGAACAGUGGAGGACCCCUGCUAGAUUCGAAAGGAAAUUUGAUUGGGAUAAAUACUGCAAUAUUUACUCAGACGGGGACAUCAGCAGGUGUAGGAUUUGCUAUCCAAUCAUCAACUGUGCUAAAAAUUGUUCCUCAGUUGAUCCAAUUUGGCAGAGUUGUUAGAGCUGGUUUGAAUGUAGAUAUAGCUCCAGACCUGAUUGCAAAUCAGCUUAAUGUUCGAUAUGGAGCUCUUAUUCUACAGGUCCCUAAAAAUAGUGUUGCAGCCAAGGCUGGCCUACUUCCCACCACAAGGGGAUUUGCGGGUAACAUAGUCCUCGGGGAUGUCAUUGUUGGAGUUAACAACAUACCUAUCAAAAACCAAGCAGAGUUGAACAGCGUAUUGGAUGAAUUUAGAGUGGGGGAGAAAGUAACCUUAAAUAUUCAGAGGAGCGGUGAAAAUUUGGAGGUUCCCAUAAUAUUGGAGGAAAAAAGUUCAUAAUUGAGUUUGCUGGUGAAUUUUGCUUGUUAAUCAGCACACCAUAUGCUCAUGUAUACGAGAGUAUAUUAUUGUUCUGUGUCUGAUAUACGAUGAGGAAUUAGUGACUGUAUAUAGAAAUUUAUGGUUCUGGGAAAGUAAUAUGUACCAGCAGGUAGCUAAAUGCUUAACAAUAUUUAUCCAUCUGGAUCAUCAGAAUCCGGCAUCUCAUAUCGGAAAAUAGGGCAAUAGUGACUCCGUCUCAGCCAUUUCUCAAUGCAAGGUCUAUGAAGUACGAAACGUAUGCAAACAUGGCAUUUGAGCAGCAUACUUUCCGGCAGUAAACUCAUCGGAACAGAUGGUACAGUCAUCCCUUUCACCUGGCCGUUCCAUAUUAUUUCUCCUAGGAGAUUGCCUUUCCAUAAGCCGUUAUGAUCUUGAGUUCACUGUCCAAAACUUCGGCUUAUUAAGAAUGAGGUAACAAUGAGGAGUUAUACUUGCAGGACAUUGUGACAUUAUAUUGUUAGAGAUCUCUAAGUACAAAACUUUCACCAUACAUGCAUAGCUGCAAA